AUGCCCUCGCUCAGAACGGCCAUCCAUUACGAAGGUGACGACCCGCGCCUCCGUAUCGCCGGCGACCGCUGCGUGCGCGGCGACGGUUCGUGCACGUUCGAUUUCCAGACCUCGCUCGAGCUGUGCCUCACCGGGAGUGGCGAGUGCACACUGUCGAUCGACCUCACUGCGGGCGGCAACGGCUUCGACUUGUUGGUCGACGGUCAGCUGCAUUCGAUGCUGGAGACGCACCGGCAGUGGCGCAGGCGACGCACAUACUCGUUUGUGCUGCCUCCGCUCCCAUCCGACACGCGCUGCAUCAGCCUCGUCAAGCGCACGGAGCCGGUGGCGGUGCAGCUGCUGCCGUACUGUCGAGUGCGCGCCGCGACGCUGCACGGCGUGGACCUGUCAGAGGGCCACGCUCUCGUAGAUCACACGCCACCGCGCCGCAUCGAGUUCGUGGGCGACUCGAACCUCGCCGCGUUCGGAGUGCUGGGCGCGCCUUCGACCAUCGGCCUGCGUGGGCUCUUCGGCCUCGGGCUCAGCCAGCAGAGCAUACGCCACUCGUGGGCACACAUGCUUUGCAGAAUGUGCGUCGCGGAGCCCUGUGUGAUCGGUUGGAGCGGCGUGGGCGUCGUGCAGAACGCGAUUGGCACCGGCGGUAAGCACCGCAUCGCCGAGAUCUACGAGAGGUGCCUCGGCAAUGACGGCUCGAGAUUCGACUUUGCGACGGCCGCAUGGAGUCCGCAGAUUGUGUGCGUCGACGUGGGCGCCAACGACGUGUACGGCGGCAGGGCGCCCCCGAGCGAGGCUGCCUUCGUCGACGCAUACGUGGCGCUGCUCCAGCUCAUUCGCCGCCACCGCCCGCAGCCGUGCCUGAUGCUCUGCAUCGUGCCUCGCCUCGACACGCCAGUCUACCUCGCCGCGGGCUAUCGCGCGGACGACGACGGCGGCAUGAUGCAGUCCUACCUGAGGAGCGCCGUCGACGCGUACGAGCGCGCCUCGGGCGACCAGCUGGUGCGACUGGUGAGCAUCGCCGGCGUGUUUGCGUGGCCGGCGGACGGCGGAAGCCUCGAGCACUGGGGGGUGAGGGCGCAUAAAAAGUACGCCGACGCGGUGCACGCUGUGGUCGAGCGGCUGCCCGUCGAUUGGGUGUGA